UCAGCGGGAGCUCUGCAGAGCCUUUCUGUUGUAAUUGGAUGGAGAUUGGAGAGGAAUACGCAGCCUUGGCACAACGUAAACACAUGCUCGUCUCCUUCGCUCCGUGGAGGACGCACCGAAAAGAGCAGAUGGAGUGAAUGAAAACUACACCGAGAGAGGACCGGAGAGUGUCUUUAUCAUUCAGCUUUAAAACGUUUAGAUCAUAGAAACGUGUCAGUGAGUGCGCGGGUCUAACAGCUCUUCAGUUUGUUUGUUUUUUCAGAUCGGGUCUGUGGAUUACGCACGGCGCAGCUCCCGGGACAGAGAAAAGUUUUGUUUUGUUGCACAGGAUUUCUACGAAAGAUCUCAGCGCGCACAAACUGCUAUAUAACUUAAAUUAUCACCUGAGCCUCGAUGGAGUGAUUCGCUCAUGCUGAGUUUAUUUAUGGAUUAGAAUAAACGAGGACUGCACGCAAACACCAGAAGAGAUACAUAUAUCUUAUUAUAUAUGCUUUGGGGGAUGGCAACAGCUACCUCGAGUCCAUACCUAGCCAGCAGCAGGAUUUUAUCCGGCCCGGCCCUUCACUCUGAUCGGAGGGCUGGUGGCAUGCAGCCCGGCGGCCCCGCUGUGACCACGGUGUCUAGUGGAUACAGAGUGGACCCUUCGGUAAAGAUGGUGCAGAGUGACUUCAUGCAGGGAGCCAUGGUGGCGAGCAACGGGGGCCACAUGCUAAGCCAUGCCCACCAGUGGGUGACAUCGUUGCCUCACGCAGCAGCCGCAGCAGCCGCGGCCGCGGUGGCAGCAGUGGAGGCCAGCUCUCAGUGGCCCCCCAGCUCCCAGCCGCAGGCUGUAAAGAGAAACGCCGGCAGAGAGGACCUCCAUUCGGGCUCCGCUCUGCACCACAGGUCCCCACAUCUGGGACCCCAUCAGACACACGCGGGAGGUUGGGGAGGCACCACGGCGCACAUCAGCAUCACCGAGGGGCAGCAGCAGCAGCAGCAGCAGCAGCAGCAGCAGCAGCAGCAGCAGCAGCAGCAGUCUCUCAUUUACUCGCAGCCCGGCGGGUUUACGGUCAACGGGAUGCUCAGCUCGCACGCGGGUCAGAGCCUCAUGCAUCCGGGGUUGGUGCGCGGAGAGUCCCCGGAAUUGGACCACAGCAGCCACCAUCAUCACCAUCACCACCACAACCACCACACGCACCAUCACCCGCACCACGGCGUGAGCCACGAACCGCACUCAGACGAGGACACCCCGACGUCCGACGACCUGGAGCACUUCGCCAAACAGUUCAAACAGAGGCGGAUCAAGCUGGGUUUCACCCAGGCAGACGUGGGCUUAGCUUUGGGCACCCUGUACGGCAACGUGUUCUCACAGACCACCAUUUGCAGGUUUGAAGCGCUUCAGCUGAGCUUCAAGAACAUGUGCAAGCUGAAGCCUCUGCUGAACAAGUGGCUGGAGGAGGCCGAUUCCACCACCGGGAGCCCGACCAGUAUCGAUAAAAUCGCCACCCAGGGCAGGAAGAGGAAAAAGCGCACAUCCAUCGAGGUGAGCGUAAAAGGCGCGCUGGAGAGCCACUUCCUCAAGUGUCCGAAACCCUCCGCGCAGGAGAUCAACUCUCUGGCGGACACUCUGCAGCUGGAGAAAGAGGUGGUCAGGGUCUGGUUCUGCAACCGCAGGCAGAAAGAGAAGCGCAUGACGCCGCCUGGACUGCCACGCACCCCGGAGGACGCAUAUUCACAGGUGGGCAGCAUGGGACCUGACACACCGUCACCCUCCUUAGACUGCAAGAGGAUGUACAGCGACACGUGAAAUCUGAGCAAAGUGUUUGAAUAACUUUUUUUCUUUUUAGAGGAAAUAUUUCAAGUUUCUCUUAAUGAUGAACUUUUCAUACAGCUUCCCAUGUUCUUUGCUCCACAAUAAUAACGCUAUCCAUUGUGUGUCUACUUUUACGCAUCGCCGGGUAUUUUUCUGCACUUUGAAUCAACUUUUGGGACAUAAAGGCUUGAAAAAAUCUGACUAGACAAUAAUUUAAAGUCUUUUAAAAAGAGCCCAGAGGAUGAACAUUUGAUCAAUUUGAUACCAAGAAGUUCAAACUAACAAUAAAGUUACUUUAUCUCUGUAUUUCAAAUCAAAGCUCCUGUGUAAUGCUGCAGGGUUUGACGUCCCACAGGCUAGACUUGGGCUGUAGCCUCCUUUUUUUUCAUAAAAUAAAAAAAAAAGAUUUAAUGUGCUUUAUUCAGCGUUAAGUUGUUUCUAAUGAGCAAUAAUUUAUCUUCCUUCAAACGUGUCUCUCACUUUUUUGUGUUGUGUGUCCGUGGAUUUCUGUUGUGG